AUGGGAGAAUUCCUUUUGGACAUAAUUCAUUUAACUGUUUAUAUUUUUGAUUCUCCCCCAUUUUGUAUACAGGCAGAUGUAUUGACCGAGUUAGCUUCCCAAGAAAUAUACACAGAGUUGAAUAAAGACAUUGCGGCUAAUGAUGACAGUGUUACUAAGCAUUGCAAAGACUUAAAAACUAAAAAUGAAGAUAUCAAAACGCUAUGUAAAAAAAUUGAGAGAAAUUUGAAUAAAUUGAACGAAACGGAUAAAAUAAAAGAUGAAAGGUACAGGGAUCGUUGUUUAUAUUUUAAUUGGUGGGUAUUUGACGAAAUAUAUAAAUCCUUUAAUGGAAAUGGGGGAAAACCAAUUAACACAGCCGACAUUGAUGAACUGUUACUGGAAUGGAAUAAAAUUAAUUACCAUUUAAUGAAUCAAGAUUAUAAUAAAAACUAUCAGUCCCUAUUGCCGGCAGGAUCUAAUGCUGCAGGGGGUGACAAUAAUGGUGGAUCUGUUGACUCUCGGGGUCGUUGGAAACCUAAACCACCUACGAGACUUUUUAGUAAUGGCGAAUUUAGCAAAUACAAACCCUGUUUUUACAAUCCUGUAUGCACAUUAGAUAGGUGUAAAGAUAUAAAAGAAUUAUACGAUUAUUUUAAAAAAUUUGAAAAAAUCAAGGAAAACAUUUCUACCAAAAAUGAAAAGUGUGAGAAAUAUAAUAAAUACCUGGUCUACAUUCAAGGGUUGUAUGAGAAACACAAAAAGGAGUACAACUGCUGUGAUAUAUUUUGGGGAAAUCUUUGUCAAGAUUAUUUUAAAUGCGAAAAGGAAUAUGAUCCAAAUAAUCUGUUACGUAGUUUAAAAUGUGAUAGUGAUGUAAGCCCUGUUCAGGAAGGGGAAAUCUCAGAAGACAGAACUACCAUAACUGCAGGGGCUGCCGAAAGUCCAAGACCUAACAUAUCUACCAGUUCUGAACCGGAAAAUCAAACAACAUAUAAAUUUUUGAGAUGUAAAGAAAUGAAAAAUGAUAUUUUACCGACCUAUGCUGCAUGCCGCGAAGUUUCAGCUGAAAAUUAUCACGGCUUUGAUGAAGUAUUUAAACAGGAACCUAUAAUUGACCCUUUUAAAAAUAGUGUUCCUAAAAAAGUUGCCGAAGUUGCCAUAAAGGAGGAGGUUCCCAUGAAAAGUUUUUUCGAUAAUUUAAAUAUACAGAGUAUCGUAGAAAAUCCCAAAUAUUUUAAAACUGGUGUGUCCGUUUUGCUCAUAUUAGGAAUAUUUUCCAUUUCAUUCGUAUAUUAUAAGUGCACGUUCGCUCUAUUUUUUUUUUCCAUUCAUUUUAGUUUACGCCUUUAG